UGCCGUUUCUAUUGCGCCAUAUUGCCUUCCUAUUAAAAAAGACUUUCGUUUCUCAACGCCAGGUUAUUAAAUAACUCCCCAAUUACGAAUUAAAAGUUUACACUGUUGGAAAUUUCAUCAGUUUGCAACCAAGUAUAAAAUCGUACAUUUGUUUCUGUUCUACCAAUCCGCAAGAUAAAGUUGUCGCUGUAAAAGAUAAAGGAAUGUCGUCGCUAACUAGUAUUUUGCCCAUCCCGACAAAUAUCGUAAGGGAUCGAGAGGAUGAGCGGUUAUUGGUACGAAAGCAACAACAGCAGUCGACGAUGACCCUUGUGGCCAUCGGCGAAUCGAAAGCACCUCCUUACGGAGCUCGAAGGGGUUUUAUACCAAGGACUCCUGAGGAUUUUGGUGAUGGAGGUGCAUUUCCAGAAAUCCAUGUCGCCCAGUUUCCAUUAGGAAUGGGGAAGAAGGGUCCCGACUCUGGGGCUAAGGCAUCCAACGCCGUGGCUGUUCAGUUAGAUGCAGAAGGAAAAAUAAAAUACGAUGUGCUUGCUCGACAAGGCCAUUCUAAGGAUAAGAUUGUUUUCUCCAAGUAUACUGAUCUCCUUCCUAAAGAAAUUACAAAUGAGGAUGACCCGGAGCUCCAGAAACCGGACGAAGACAACAUUAAGGAGAUCACAGAAAAGACUAGGCAAGCUUUAGAAAAGUUGACACAGAGUAAAAUUGCCGCAGCAAUGCCCGUUAGAUGCGCUGAGAAAAGGGGAGAAACACAGUUCAUCCGUUACACUCCUUCCGAGCAAGGUCAAGCCUUCAACUCUGGUGCGCAACAAAGAGUGAUAAGGAUGGUGGAAGUACAGAGGGAUCCAAUGUCACCUCCUAGAUUUAAAAUCAAUACAAAGAUUCCUCGUGGUCCCCCUUCCCCACCGGCGCCUGUACUGCAUUCCCCAACGAGGAAAGUUACAGCCAAGGAGCAGAAAGAGUGGAAAAUACCUCCUUGUAUUUCAAACUGGAAAAACGCAAAGGGUUACACUAUCCCUUUGGACAAGCGAUUGGCUGCUGAUGGGCGUGGACUGCAGCAAGUUCAUAUCAACGAAAAUUUUGCUAAACUUGCGGAAGCUUUGUAUAUUGCAGAUAGAAAAGCAAGAGAAGCUGUAGAAAUGAGAGCACAGUUAGAAAAGAAAGUUGCUCAAAAAGAAAAGGAGAAAAAGGAAGAACAUUUGAGAACAUUGGCUCAAAAGGCGAGAGAAGAGCGUGCUGGAAUUCGUACGGGAAUGGCAGGCGAGAAAGAUGAUGAUGCCAAAGAACGAGACCAGCUUAGGCAUGAACGCCAUAAGGAUCGACAAAGGGAAAGAAAUAUUCAACGCGCUGCACCCGACAAGAGAAACCGAUUGGAGAGAGAGAGGGAGCGUGAUAUUAGUGAACAGAUAGCUCUAGGACUGCCUGCGAAAACUAUAACCGGUGGCGAAACCCAAUUCGAUUCCCGGUUGUUUAAUCAGAGCAAAGGAAUGGAUUCUGGUUUUGCAGAUGAAGACUCAUACAACGUCUACGACAAAGCUUGGCGUGGAGGUGGAGACGUUUCACAGGGCCUGUAUCGACCAAAGAAAGGGGGCGAUAACGACGCUUAUGGCGAAGACCUAGACACACUAAUUAAAACCAAUAAGUUCGUGCCAGAUAAGGAGUUUAGUGGUACGGAUAGAGCGGCAGGUUCUUCUCGGUCUGGCCCUGUUCAAUUUGAGAAGGAUGAGGAGGAUCCCUUUGGCUUGGAUCAGUUCUUGCAACAGGCCAAAAGGGCAAGCAAAAGGGGUGGGGAUGAAAGUAGCAGUAGUAGCAAAGAUAAGCCUUCCUCAUCUUCAAGUGACAAGCGAAGAAGGAGGGACUAAUAGUAGCGUCACAUAAGAAAUUUAAUGAUGGCAACCAUGCUAGAAGUUUAGAUUGUUUUAUAUAGAUUACACACAUAUAAUGAUUUUGUAAAUUCAAAAUAUUUUUUGUGUUGCUUUUAUUUUAUUCUACUCGAAUAAAUUAAUUCAGUUAUUCGUGAUA